AGAUUAUCUGUGAUGUGCCAAAAAUUCUGCAUGGAUAUGUACAUUCUCCAAAGGGGUCUUACAAGGAGGCUGAACGACUACAGUUUGGCUGUGAAGAAGGAUACAGAUAUGGUGAAAGAGCAGAUGCACAAUGUACCGAAUUAGGAUGGAAUCCAACCCCGUAUUGCACUGAAAUUGUAUGUUCUCCUCCAAGAAUUCCCAAUGGGAACUUUAGACCUCAAGAAGACAGCUACAGAGUAGGUGAUAUAAUAACAAUACAGUGUAAUCCUGGAUAUCAUUUUAAAACACUGACUGGCAAAACAACAGCUGAAUGCACCAGGAAUGGCUGGGUGCCUGAUCCAGGUUGUGUCCAGAAACCAUGUGAUUACCCAGCUAUAGAAAAUGGCAAGUUAACUAGAGCACUGGAGGACCACAAAAACUAUUACUUUCCCAUGAGGUUUGGGCAGCAUGUGUAUUACUACUGUGAUAAUGGUUAUUCAAGCCUGAAUGGACACUACUAUGGUGAAAUGGUCUGUUCAGAAAGUGGCUGGUAUCCAGAGCCAAAAUGUCUCAAAAACUGUCACGUCAGACAGCUGGAAAAUGGUUAUUUCUUACAUAACCAAAAGUAUGCUUACAAGGAAGGUGAAAGAGUUACAUAUGUCUGCGACAAUGACUAUCAUACUGAACAUGAAGGUGGGGAAGUCACAUGCACGAAGGAUGACUGGUCACCUCCUCCAAGAUGUAUCCGUAAAAAAAGAUGCCAGAAUAUCAAUUUUGACAAUGGUUAUUUCACUGUGGGAAAGAACACAUUUCGUUUGCAGGAGAGAGUCACCUAUAAAUGUCAUACUGGCUUUGUAACUCCAGAAGGUCAAGAAAGAGGAAUGAUACAGUGUCAAGUGAAUGGCUGGACUCCACCUCCAAAGUGCAUCAAAUCCUGUAAAAGACCUCAUUUUGACAUUUUGAAUUACCACGCAAAUAAAACUGUGUUCAUGCCUGAAGAUACAAUUGAGUAUGCAUGUUUGGAGGGAUAUAAAACUGCAAAUAAUAUGCCAACCGGUACCACAAGAUGUGGCAUAAAUGGUGAAUGGAAUCCAACACCCCGGUGCCUUGCAAUAGAAUGUGAAAUGCUGACAUUGCCCCAUGGAGAUUUUUCUCCCAAGGAGGGUAAAUACCACAAUGGAAAUGUUGUGAAAUUUACCUGUGCAAACAAUUACGUAAGAGUGGGACCUGCCUCUACUCAGUGCUAUUACUUUGGAUGGUUUCCAUCAGCACCAGUGUGUAAAGUGAACGUCAGAGGCUGUGGACCUCCACCUGAGAUUACCAAUGGAAGUAUUGCUGGUGGCUUUGUGGAACAGUAUCAGCAUGGGGACAGAAAGCAAUAUGAAUGCAACAUAGAAUUUAAAUUGCUUGGAUCAAAGGAAAUAGAAUGUGUUGAUGGACAAUGGUCAUCUCCUCCCUCUUGCAUUGAAGACAAAAUGCCAUGUGGAUCACCUUCCUCUAUUCCAAAUGUUGUUCUUCAUCAGGAAGACCAGACCCAGUUUUCACAUGGUGAUGAAGUAAUUUACAGAUGUAAACAAGGCUCUGCCAGUUCUAAGGAAAUGAAAAUAAAAUGUCUUAAUGGGGAAUGGAAACCUUUACCUCUUUGUGCUGAUCCGUCCGCUCGGUGUGUACUUCCAAAUGAUGUUGAGCUUGUGCACAAUGGUCGUCGUCUCAAGCCAAGAAGGAAGACAGGGUUCCAUGGAGAUAUAAAUUAUAUAUGUACAUCAGGUGACAAAAGGAUUCAACGGGCAACUUGUGUGUCUGGAAAAUGGUCACCAGAGAUUGAAUGUACAGCCGAAGAGAGUACAUGCCCACCUCCACCUCAGGUGCCUGGUGCCCAGCAGAUAACAGUUGGAAGAACUUACAAGCAUGGGAGUAAAAUAGCUUUUUCAUGUCUGAAGAGUUUCCAGCUCGUCGGUAUGAAUGAAAUAACGUGUAUAGAAGGGAAAUGGCAAUCACCACCUCACUGUGUGGAAAGACCAUGUUCGCCACCACCACCUGUAGAAUGUGCUGAUGUUCCCAGGCUGGAAAAUCAAAACUUAAAAAUUAAAAAAGAAGGCAUAACAGUUUAUCUGGCUGGUGCUAGGAUUAACUAUGUUUCUCGUUCUGGAUACAAGUUAGAUGGGCCAUCAGAGAUAACAUGUUCUAUGGGAAAUUGGACUUCAGCUCCUAUAUGCUUGGAAAUGCCAUGUGGAAGUAUUCCAAAAGUUGCCAAUGCUCAAAUUGAAGGCAGAAACAAGGAAAUGUAUGAGCCCGGUGAAACAGUUCGGUACCAGUGUGAGGCAGGGUUCCUGAUUGUUGGUCUGCCCGAAAUUAUUUGCAGAGAAGGAAACUGGACGGCACCGCCCUUCUGUGAAGAUGUUAGCUGUGGAGCCGCACCUGAAGUUCCCAAUGCUUAUAUUACAAGCACUCAACAGGAGAGGUAUCUGCCCGAUGCCAGAGUGCAGUAUGAAUGUGAAAGCAAUUUUCAAAUGAUGGGUGGAAAUUAUGUCACUUGUACAGAUGGCAAAUGGUCACAAACACCAACCUGCAGAGAUGUGACGUGUGGACCUCCUCCAGAAAUUGCUGGUGGUAAAGUUCAAGGUGUUAAAAAGUCAAGGUAUUUGCCGGGGGAGAGUGCUCGCUAUCAGUGCUGGCAAGGUUUUGAGAUGACUGGGGCUUCCACUGUGGCGUGUCAGAACGGGACCUGGACAGAGCUGCCAAAGUGUAAAGGCAAAAGUGGGAAAUGUGGCCCGCCUCCAGUUAUUGAAAAUGGAGACAUUCUUUCCUUCACCAAGCAAGAAUAUCCACAAGGUGCAACUCUGAAAUACAAAUGCCCAAGUCUCUAUGUCCUGGAAGGAUCUCAGUAUAUCACCUGUGCUGAAGGGCAGUGGACAAGCCCCCCAGUUUGCCUAGUGGCCUGUACAGCAUCUGAAGAAGACAUGGACAGAAACAAUAUUGAGCUAAAAUGGAUCAUAGGACGAAAGCUGUAUUCCAGAUCGGGUGACUUUAUUGAAUUUCGGUGUAAAAGAGGGUAUUUGAAGGACCCAGAUUCUUCCCCAUUCAGAGCACAGUGUAUGGAGGGGAGGUUAGAAUAUCCACGGUGCAAGCCAGGAAAGAACUGUACCGUGGAUGAGAGGAUUAUGGAACGCAACAAUAUUAAACGGCAGUCAUCAAGGUGGAGCACUUCCACCUAUCGCACUGGGGAUUAUAUUAUAUUUGAGUGCAAAUGGUUUUACCGACGAGUUUCACGCCAUGAGGAAUUUACAGCAGAGUGCCUGGAUGGCCAGAUCAUGUAUCCUACAUGCGAAGGGUGGUUUGCAUAA